AUGUCUGCUCGAACCACAAUGACGCGUCCCGGCAGCCUGGCGAAAUCUAGCAACUCGGGCUCCCUGAUGCACCGCAUCCUGGCCAAGGAUCCCUCUCCGCCGGUCCGCCGCACAACGCCCACCACUGCUCCGCACGUUCCGCACACGUCGUCAGGGACCUGGCAUCUACAUGUCUUCCACAAUUUUAGAGAGUUUGACCCGUCGGCAGUGCAGUUUCAGGGUGCGUGUUACAUCCGUCGGUUCGCAUCAUGGCCGUCUUUGAGUGGGGCCCUGGACCCUGGCAAUGGCAUCAUGGCUGUGGGCUCUCGCGGCGUCGCGGCGCUUGGAGGCCUCACGUUGCGGGACGGGGCCUUGCGACCGCCCAUGGGCUCCCGGCUUGCAGCCCUCGGGGAGUGCGCAGACGUUCGCUGCGCGACCCAUCGUCUGGCUCACCCGGAGGUACGGCCGGCCUUUGUGGCGUUUGCCAUGGCGCAGUGCAAAGCUGCGAAGCUCCACUCCGAAGUGACAGCUCUAGCAAUCGGCUCGGGCAGCCUCCUCUUUGAGUGGGAGCUGCUGGAAGCAUUGCGGACCAGCUGA